AGAGCCUCACACAUGCAGUUCCCCGCCGGCCUGCGGGGGCGCUGUGCGCGGCUCCCAUCUUCCCUCGGAGGCGCCGCGUGCCGUCGUUGCGUGACGUGUGUGCGUUUGGCGCGCGCGGGACGUACUGUGGAGACUGCUGGCCGGAGCGGUGGCGGGAUGGCGGGCGCGGGGCUGGUGGCGCAGGGCCUGAAGGAGGCGCUGGUGGAGACGUUGACCGGCAUCCUGUGUCCGGUGCAGGGCGUGCGUGCGGCCGCAGAGGAGCAGGUGAAGGUGCUGGAGGUGACCGAGGAAUUUGGCGUUCAUUUAGCAGAACUGACUGUAGAUCCCCAGGGAGUAUUGGCCAUUCGUCAGUUAGCAUCUGUAAUUUUGAAACAAUAUGUGGAGACUCACUGGUGUUCCCAGUCAGACAAGUUUAGGCAUCCAGAGACCACAGAAAGGGCUGAACUGAAUUGGAGUGUGAACCUGGGAGAUAAUGCUCAAAUGUAUGUGGACCCGUCUCUUUACUUGUUUCUCUUCCUAGAGUUUACCCGCGAAGUGACAGACACACAGAUGCCACUUGUCGCUCCUGUUAUUCUUCCUGAGAUGUACAAAAUUUUCACGAUGGCGGAGGUGUAUGGUAUUCGCACCAGGUCACGUGCAGUAGAGAUCUUCACCACAUGUGCCCAUAUGAUCUGUAACAUGGAGGAGUUGGAGAAGGGUGCAGCCAAAGUCCUGAUCUUUCCUGUAGUGCAGCAGUUCACAGAGGCCUUUGUUCAGGCCCUACAGAUGCCUGAUGGCCCUACAUCUGACAGCGGAUUUAAGAUGGAGGUCUUAAAGGUAAGCACAUAACUUGUUAAGAACUUCUUUCCUCUUGUUACAAUUACCCUUCUACAGCAGCUGCUAACUGCCUUUUGGCGUUCCCUGAGGGAGUCGGUCUGCUUCUAUGUGAGAACAGAAGUGAAUUAUACAGAAGAGGUAGAGGACCCUGUGGAUUCUGAUGGUGAAGUGUUGGGCUUUGAAAACCUAGUGUUCAGCAUAUUUGAGUUUGUACAUGCCUUGUUGGAAAAUCACAAAUUUAAAAGCACAGUGAAGAAAGCUUUGCCAGAGCUGAUAUAUUACAUCAUUCUCUACAUGCAGAUCACAGAGGAGCAGAUAAAAGUCUGGACUGCAAAUCCACAGCAAUUUGUGGAGGAUGAAGAUGACGACACUUUUUCCUAUACAGUAAGGAUUGCUGCACAGGACUUGUUGCUGGCUGUAGCUGCUGAUUUCCAGAAUGAGAGUGCAACUGCUUUGGCUGCAGCAGCUACGAGACACUUACAGGAAGCUGAGCAGGCUAAAAACAGUGGUGCUGAGCAUUGGUGGAAGAUACAUGAAGCUUGUAUGUUGGCACUGGGCUCUGUGAAAUCUGUUAUUACAGACAGUGUGAAGAAUGGUAGAAUUCAUUUUGAUAUGCAUGGAUUCCUGACAAAUGUUGUUCUUGCAGAUCUCAGCCUGUCAGUGUCUCCUUUUCUGCUUGGUCGUGCUCUUUGGGCCGCCAGUCGCUUCACAGUUGCUAUGUCUCCAGAAUUAAUCCAGCAAUUUCUGCAGGCCACAGUCAGUGGUCUACAUGAGACCCAACCUCCUUCAGUCCGGAUCUCUGCAGUCAGAGCUAUCUGGGGUUACUGUGACCAGCUGAAGAUCUCUGAAAGCACCCAUGUAUUGCAGCCUUUCCUUCCCAGUAUCCUGGAUGGACUGAUCCACUUGGCAGCUCAGUUCAGUUCAGAGGUCCUCAAUCUUGUGAUGGAAACACUCUGCAUUGUCUGUACAGUAGACCCAGCAUUUACAGCAAAUGUGGAGAACAAAAUCUGCCCCUUCACCAUAGCAAUCUUCCUGAAGUACAGUAAUGAUCCUGUUGUUGCCUCUCUCGCACAAGAUAUCUUUAAGGAGCUAGCACAGAUAGAAGCCUGCCAAGGUCCAAUGCAGAUGAGACUAAUCCCAACUCUCGUCAGCAUCAUGCAGGCUCCUGCUGAUAAGAUUCCAGCAGGGCUUUGUGCAACUUCUAUUGAUAUAUUAACCACUGUUGUGAGGAAUACGAAACCUCCUCUUUCCCAGCUCUUGAUCUGCCAAGCAUUCCCUGCGGUGGCUCAGUGCAGCCUGCACACGGAUGACAAUGCUACCAUGCAGAAUGGUGGUGAGUGUCUGCGUGCAUACGUCUCAGUAGCACUAGAACAGAUUGCACAAUGGCAUGAUGAGCAAGGCCACAAUGGGCUGUGGUAUGUCAUGCAGGUGGUGAGUCAACUCCUGGAUCCACGGACCUCAGAGUUCACAGCUGCUUUUGUGGGCAGACUAGUCUCCACACUGAUUUCAAAAGCAGGAAGUGAGCUGGGAGAGAACCUGGACCAGAUUCUGAGAGCAAUCCUUAGCAAAAUGCAACAAGCAGAGACACUCAGUGUAAUGCAGUCCUUGAUCAUGGUAUUUGCUCACCUGGUUCACUCCCAGCUGGAGCCCUUGUUAGAGUUCCUGAGUAGUCUCCCUGGGCCAACUGGCAAGCCUGCUUUGGAAUUUGUAAUGGCUGAAUGGAUGAGUCGGCAGCAUUUGUUCUAUGGACAAUAUGAAGGCAAAGUCAGCUCUGUAGCGUUGUGUAAACUCCUCCAGUAUGGUAUCAACAGUGAUGACAAGCGCCUGCAGGACAUUAGGGUGAAGGGUGAAGAAAUAUUCAACAUGGAAGAGGGAAUACGCACACGAUCCAAAUCAGCCAAAAAUCCUGAACGCUGGACAAACAUUCCAUUGUUAAUAAAAAUCUUAAAAUUAAUAAUAAAUGAACUUUCUAAUGCAAUGGAAGCAAAUGCAUCUCGCCAGACAGCUGCAGACUGGAGUCAAGAUGACUCCAAUGAUAUGUGGGAAGAUCGGGAGGAUGAAGAGGAUGAAGAUGAAGGUUUAGCUGGACAACUUUUAUCAGAUAUUCUUGCCACAAACAAAUAUGAUGAGGAUUACUAUGAUGAUGAUGAAGAGGAUGAUCCAGAUGCAUUAAAGGACCCCCUUUAUCAAAUAGAUCUACAGGCCUAUCUCACUGAUUUCCUGUGUCAGUUUGCACAGCAGCCUUGCUAUGCAAUGUUCUCAGACCAUCUCAAUGAGAACGAGAGAAGAGUGCUUGAGGCCAUUGGCAUAUGAACCGUGCAGAGACCAUAUUGAUCAUAUCUGGACAAUAUUUUUCUGGCUUAUUCCAUGUUUUGUGAUUAAACAUGAAACUUUUUCCAGUGUUCACCUAUUGUUACAGAUGUGAUCUUCCUCAUCACGAAGUAUUGAGCCUUGUCUUAUCAUGACUCUGUUAAGGGAAGGAUUAUUGAGAAAGCUCCGAAGACUGAGCUUUGCACUCUGCUCUCACCAAGGGAACACUUUCGUUUUUCACAAAAAGCUUUCUAGGAGGUCCUUAAAAUAAUGUGUCCUUAAAUAUUUUUUAAAAUAAACUUUAUAUUUGCCUCUGAAGAGCCACAUAACUGAGAUUCACAAACACGGUUGGACAGAACGAGGAAGGAAUCAGGUCUUUUGUAGGUUGCUUGGAUGUGUUUUGAGACUUUGGAAGUUUUGUCCCUCUUCGCACUUGCAUAACACAUACAGGGUAAAUAUCUUCAUCUUACCAUGUGACUUUUUUAUAGAACUAUAGAUACUUUUAUCAAAGAGAUGCCUAAAUGGUAUGGAAUCUGUUUACAAGAGUUUGGAUGGGAAGCUGAAAUAAAAUUAAAUGAACAUCUUGUUUUGUACUGUGGGUGAGGGCUUCCAUCUAGUCUCUAACAUUGCAUCAGUUCUUUGCUAAAGCUUUUGCAUGCACAUGCUGAAAGGAAGCUACCAUUUAAAUCUCAAUUCUUGUGGAAUGUGGCUACUGAAGACUGGUUUUACUGAACACAAACAACCAUAAUUUUUUACCAAAAAAAAAGUGUAUAUUUAUCAUUCUCUUUACUCCAUAAAAACAAUUAUCUGAAAUAUUUUGCUUCCUUCACACUCCUGAGACUUGUAUGAAGUGGGUAAGCUAUAGUCCACAAAUUAGUAUGUGUAUUUUUAUAGGGUGGUAAAAUAACAUUACAAACUGAUUUAUCCAUAAGUACAUAGUGAUGUAUCUCACAACACCUCUUUGCCUUUUGUUCCCUGUUGGGGAAAAUGAAAAUAAAACUACUAAAAUAUA